CCCUAGCCCCCACCCCCACUCGUGCCCCUCUCCUUCGCUCCUGUCCUUCUCACGCUCGGUCGCGGCCGUGGCUAGGGUUUCGGGCUGGGCAGGGCAGCGUCUUCGCCGCCGGCGCGGCUCCGGUGGACUCCGACGGCUCCUCUCCAUCUCCUCCCUCGCCCCCACGUGCGGUUCCGCUUCCCGCUGGCCACGAGGGGCAGCCGGGGCGCAUCGGGCUGGGCCUCCUCUGUUUCCGGUCUGUUAUGGACGAGGAACCAUUAGGAAGGAAAGGUGUGUAUCAACCAAGAAGCGGAGCUAGGUGUGCCUGGUCUGCGGCGACGACCUUUGGGCCAACAACACAUGGACAUUUCAGAGAUAAGCUAUUGCAUCAGGCUAAAAUAGCAGAGUUUGGUUUCAGUUUCCUCUCACAAGAUAUCAGAAUGGCAUUUGCAGAACUUUGCUUGGCGAACAUCCGGGACACUCGGGUACAUAAGAUCCAGGAGGAUUCUGUGCAGAGAGCACACAAGGAUCGAAGCAGCAAAACCAGGGCGAAACAGAGCAAACACAAAAGAAGAAACGUAUGCUACAUACAGUCGAUGUGAUCCUUCCAACACCGCCGUCGGGGGUCCUUCUGCCUCAGCCAGGACCUCUUCUGCCCUGCACCGCUGCUGUGAACCUAUCCAUGCGGACAGCCACCGCCAUGCUACAGCUGUCGCAACCUGCAGCAGGUUCAAAAUUCAACCUGUUUUGCUAUAAAUGGCCUCCUGCACCGUUGUAUACAAAGCUGAAGUGGGUACCACAGCCAUGAAAGAAACUCUACUUGCAAAGGUGGAUUGGAGAGGAAGUUAUCGAUGCUCAAGCCAUAUGGUGAAGUGGAGCAAGAAGAGUGAAUCAGGAAAACGGAGAACAUGUCUAUUUUGUAUAGCUUAUCCUUAGGUUGUAUUCGUUGGUUGUAGCGAAUUGACCGAUUUCUCUUACUGCUGUCAAUGCCGGCGAUGAAUCAUUGAGGAAUGUUGAACUGUGUAGAGUUGAAGUUAAGGUCUACCAUUAAUAUAGGAAGAAAGGUGUGUGUGUGUGUGUGUGUGUGUGUGUCAUUAAAUAGUUGUCUAAUGAACAAACGAGACUACCAAUGAUUUUUUAAAACAAUAUAUCACCAUUAAUUAGAAUCUCUCA